GACGCGAGCUUCACACGAGCUAUAAACAUAUGAAUAUCUCUUUUCUUCAAAACGAAAUUGACAAGAUAUAUUGGCUCCAUUUUCGCGAGCAAAGACAUAUAAAAUUGUAAGAUUGGAUAGCUUCGCGUGAAACAAAGAUGACGAGGCGAUGAUGAUCGCCUCGAACACGAAAUUGCUUCAAUAAUUGUUUCGAACAUCGCAAAAAAAAAAAAAAGGAAAAAAGUCAAAGCAAAUUAACCUAGAGAACGAGACUCGUCCAAGCGAAGAGAAUGUCUACCGAUCUGCUACCGGACUCGGUAAAUUUGUUCCUAGACGACUUCGAGACCAGUCUUUGUCUACCCAUCCUCGUGGUUAUAGUGCUCUGCACCGUUCAGUUUGUAUUCAAUCACGUCUUCGGUAUUGGAUACACAAUUUAUCAGAGCGUAAGGAAGCCGAUAGUGGAGGGCGAGGCGCAAGAUACAGAAGCCACAGAUAUAGUGGGAAAACUGAAAGGAAUGUUAACCACUUUAGGUAUCGGAAAACCCCAUACGGCGAAUAUGACUGCGAUUAGAAAUCCGCUAUCAUCCGCGACUCAAUCUCGAGACGAAGAGUGGGACUAUUGUGAAGAUGAUGUUGAAUAAGAUAACAAAACUGUUCUAUGUA